GUUGUCACUUGUCACCACUCGCUACGGAUUAUUAUUAUUGCCACUUUUUGCUAGUUUAGGCUGUUAGCACUUACUUUUACUUACCGAGCAUAGUCGCCAAGUAUUGUAGGCUUGGCAAAUAAUGAAUUCAUGAUUGAAUUACAAUUUUUGUAAAAUAUUUUAUUACUCGCUUAUUGGAUAUAGUAUGCUCUUGUAAUGGCAGAAGCGAUUAAUAUGGAUACACUGUCAGUAGAAUCAAGUCGAGGCCGUACAACUGGUCUUUCUGAACAUUUUUUAUAUCAGCAUUUUAUAGACAUGAAAACUCUUUGUGAUCGUUUAAUAUUAUUGGAUUAUGAAGAAUAUGUUAUUAAAUUUUUAAAAAUGAGACCAAUUAAUAGACAUUACUUUGCGCUGCAAACAAAUUCAGGAGAACAAUUUUUCAUGUUUAUUUCAUUAGCUGUAUGGUUAUUAAAUAAACUUGGCAAUGAUUUAAAACAACCUCAAGAAUAUGAUGAUCCCAAUACUACUGUGAAUAAUAUUUUAAAACAUUGCACACAAUUGGGUCUGUUUACUGAUAUUCCUAUUAAUAAUUUAAAACAAGGCUUUGGUAAGCAUGUCAUUUCAAUUUUAAAUGGUCUUGCAGAAAAAGUGUUUGAAAAGCUCAAUUAUUCUUUCAAAAGACCAAUAUUUCCUGUUGACAAAGAAGAAAACGAAGAACUGGAUAAUAGUAAUGCAGAGUUAUUGAUCGAACACAUUGAUGAAGAGAUGAUUUGGACCGAUACAAGUACAGAUGAAGAUAAUAUGAUUGAUAUCAAUGAUCUAUCAACCUACAAUAGAAUAAAAAAACAAAAAUCAUUAAAGGCAUGUGAUCAUUUAAAAGCUUCGACAACUAAUAAAGAAGAAUGGAGUCUUGAAGUUGAGCAAGUUUUACCAUCAUUAAGAGUAACAAUUAAACUAGAUUCUAAAGAUUGGAGAACUAGUUUACAACAAAUAAAAGAAAACAGACAUAUAAUGAAUACUGCUUUAAAACAAGUGAAACCACUUUUGGGAAAUCUUCGAAAUGUAUUAGAAGAAACUGUAGGAAAAAUCUACAGUCGUGAGCAAUAUUUAAAUAGCACCUUAGAUAAUCUUUUGGUCGAAUAUCGUAACUCCCAAGAUGAACUAGCUCGAAUAAGUGAACAUUAUAAAAUAAUCAGCAAUGGCGUAACUGAACGACAAGAAGUGUUAUCAAAACUUAUUGAACAAUUAGAUGUUAUCAAACAAGAAAUGGACGAAAGAGGAUCCAGUAUGACCGAUGGAACCCCAUUAAUCAACAUAAAAAAAGCCAUAGCAACUAUAAAAACAGAUAUAAUGCAAAUGGAUAUACGGAUUGGUGUUUUGCAACAUGGAUACUUUGUUUCAAAAAUACAUGAAAAAUCAGUUAUUCAGGAUACUAUGAUGGAAAUGAGACCUAUGUUUCCCAGGAAUGUUUUGUAAUCAAUUAAUCAUUUUCCUAAGCAUAGUAAAUAAUAUGUAAUAUACUGUAUUUAUAGGUAAAUCCUACUAAUGUAACAAAAGUGCAAUAUUUUAUAAUAAGUGAUGUAACUAAAAUUAUUCAAAUUGUAUCAUCUAUAUUCUAUCUUAUAGAAAUUUUAACUAGUCGUUUUCAGUACCUAUAAAAACUAAAUUUUAUAAUUGUUGUAUUAAAUGUUAGCACAAAAAUUUUAAUUCUUGGUAACAUAAAAUGAAACACAAUUUUAUUCGAAAAGCCAUAAUUUAUUUAUACUUUCACUUGUAAUGCAUUUUACAAUUAUAAAGUAUACCUGUGUACUCAAUGUUGGUACACAGAAUCUUAAUUGUUGGAACUAAUGGUGCAAACUGUGAAUAUUUCUACCAAUUUCGUAGUAUUACAACAGCAGUUUAUUUAGUAUUUGAGCAUUUUCACAAACCAUACAUAGACCUUUUCUACAGAAAGAAAAUGUUAUAGAUAUUAUUUGGAAAAUGUUAGAAUUUCAUUCCAUAACAUUUUAGCAUUGCACUGUUCUACUGAUUAAAAAUAAUGAUAGAUUAAAG